UUAUUGUCGCGCGCCACGCAUAGGUCAUUAGUGAACAAGCAGCCAGCGGAUAAGCCUUACAUUCGCCUAUGUUAAGAUCUUCACAGCAUUCUCAGAGUUCAAGAGACUUUUGGGUGUUUUACAGAGCUUUGACACCUUGUGGAGCAUGCUACACAAAGAUUACUUUCUUUUGUUUGCAUGCUCCUCUACAUAGCACCACGGCGUGCACGUUUCAGGACACAGUGUUCUUAUUUACUGUUAUUUCCCCUUCACAUUAAUGUUUUGCAUUCAUUCUUAAAAACGUGAGUUUCUUUGCUUAAGAGAAAUCCACUCCACGCGCGAGGCUGUAACGUUUUAUCACUGCAGCUCUCGGAUGGGAAGACGAAGUUACGUAACAUUAAGAUGAAUGCCGCACUGAAGAAAAACUUCCGCUUUCGAGUUGACCAAUGCAUGCUGCAACACUAUGUGUGGAUGACUUAAGAUCAGUAAACACAUGCAUCCUGAAAAAAUCAUACUCCUUUAGUAGUGUGGAGCUUUCUCGGGUGAAACUGCACAUAUUUCAACACAACUUGCAGGGUUCAACUGUGGUCACGACCAAGUCUGACACGAUGCCAGGACAAAUCCCAGAUCCCUCGGUGACGGCAGGCUCCCUGCCCAGCCUGGGCCCGCUGGCUGGGAUCUCUGCCACCACGCUGACUGACAAGCUCAAAUUCAGUGACUUCCAGGAGUUUGGUACGAUGCUGUCACCUCUGCACUUCCUGGACAGUCUGGGGAAAAGGCCCCUAGUGAUCAAAACAGAGAGAGAUGAAGAGGAUGACAGGAGGAAACGAAGGCGAGAGAAAAACAAAGUGGCUGCAGCUCGGUGUCGAAACAAAAAGAAAGAACGAACAGAUUAUUUACAAAAGGAAUCAGAGCGACUAGAGAUGUUAAACUCUGACCUUAAAGCCCAGAUUGAGGAGCUGAAGCUUGAACGACAGCAACUCAUCCUCAUGCUAAACCGCCAUCGCCCUACAUGUAUUGUCCGGACUGAUAGCGUCAAAACCCCGGAGAGCGAGGUGAACCCCUUGCUGCAGCAGCUGGAGGAAAAGUGAAGUUUACAACAGAAGAGAAAAAGCCAAAUAAAAAAAAACAUAUAGCACUUAGCUUUGGGCUUUGAUCAUGGAGGAUAAUCCAGCCAAGUCCUUCAACCUGGAGUCACAGAGCGUUACACACAAAAAAAGUGGAUCCAAUAAGAUUGGACGUGUACUUUUAUAUGAUCUUUUGCUUUACCCUUAUUUUUCAUUCUGGUCAUCAGAGCUCAAGCAGCUAUCAGUAUGACUGUAGAUGACAAAAGCACAACACUUGUAUUGGCAGAUUACCUUACAUUUCAAACAUUCACCAUUCUGUCUUACAGUGACUUCUUACAAGUCAUCUUUGAUUUAGCCGUUAGCUUGCUGGAUUCAACAUAUUUCAAGCAGCCGAACUUGGAGUUGGUUUGUUGCAGAAUUUCCCUCAAUCAAAUGCACCAGGGAUUAAUGUCUGCUUUAGGUAUCUCAUUAACUUGUUUGAAGAUCAUAAAAAGAAGUCAGCGAGGGGUAGCUUUGUUGGAAAGUUAAUAUGGCUGUAAAGCACAAGUUUCAUCAUGAAACAUAUACAUUCUUUUGACCACAAUAUAAGAAUGAUAAGAUAAGAUUUAAGUCUGCCACAAUGAAAUUUGAAUUCAGUUCAUUUCAGUUACUGUAUGCCCAUCAGUCACAUUAAUAUGAGCUAACAAAAGACAACCAAAAUAUAAUUCUGCAAUUGUUUUUUACUUACACUUAUAAAAGCAGAACACUCUGUUCUAAAUGACAGGAAAUAUAUUCAUAUAGCUGUCAGUUUUUGUACCUCAAAUAUGAUAUCAAUUACUCAAACAUUUACUGCAGGAGGGGAAAGACAGACCAGCAGUUAUGAAUAUGCAUAUUCUGAUAUUCUGAGUCGUAGGAAUUACACACCAAGAAACAGGAAGUUUGGGUAAAUGAGAAAGCUUAAAAGAUACAUAUAGGAACACGUAAAAUACAAUUUCUGCUAAAUAUUAACCAUUACCUACAGAUAUGUGGUGGGUUUAACUAGUUUUGAUAACAUUGUUUUUUAAAGGAGUAAAUCACAUAUUUUUCCAAAAGCAACUAUCACCGCCAAACACACAAAACAUCACCUUCACUGUUAUUGUAUGAUUUGACACAUUUGGUGGCAGAGGAUUUUUUUAACCUUUAUUCUUAUGUUUUGGCGCAGGCGUCAUGUAUGCACAUAUAUAUGGACUGUUUACAUUGUACUUUAUUUUCUGUUACCAUAUUGUUACUACCAGUUCUGUUCAUGUUUUUUUUAUACUUUUGUAUAUGAUGUUAUAUAAGCAUAUAAGCUAUCAAAGAAUCCCAUUUUGUAUUUCCAUAAAAAAAUAAAUGUUUAGUUUCUUUUUUA